AUGAAAGAUGUGGAAGCCCCAGUGCUUGAAGCUCUUAUCAAUUUUUGCUAUUUCGGAAAAAUAAGGAUCAGUAGCACCAAUGUGUGGAGUGUUUUGCCCACCGCUUGCCUGCUUCAGCUGAAUGAAGUUAAGGAACAGUGCAGUGAAUUUUUGGAGAAACAAUUGAAUGCUUCGAACUUGCUUGAGAAAUUCGAGCUUUUGCCGACACUUAUGCGUGUGAAGAGCUUCUACGCUGUGCUUCCGAGUUUAUCCUGCACAAUUUCA